CUUUUUUUAUGUCAGCUGUCAAAUUAAAUUGACGCGCGAAAUAAGCAAAACAAAACAGAAAUGUCACAGUCGGGGUGUCCUGUUGGUGACAGAAUCCUAGUAGGUUACAUUUUACCCGAAAAGAAGGUUAAAAACUCCGAAAAUGACGACUCUGAUUGGGAAGAUGAUGAUGAUGAGGAGGAGGAAGAAGAAGCACAGCCGGAGUUUCUGGAUAUGAAAGAGAUGGACAGCGUUAGUUCAGGAGGACAUGUGUUUAAUUCCUCCGUACCGGGCCGAAACGAAGUUGAUUUCCUGGACAGCGUGUCCGGUAAGAGAUGCAGAGUACUGGGCCGGUUCAGUCUGAAGGACCCGUGGUGGGAGGCUACCUGCACAGCCCGCGUAGCCAGGGGCAAGCUGGUGCUACGGGGCUACCCUGCCUACCGCCUUCGCUCAGACCUCCAGGGAGACCCGGAACACUCUGUCCUGUCUCUGUUCCUCACCGCCUGCGGCGUGGACUCACAGUUUGUCGUCCCCUUCUUUGCUUGGCUGCCGAUGGGAAGGAAGGUGGAGUUUGCUAACUUGCAGGAAGUUCUGGCUGAGUUUGAGGAAGGAGAGCAGCACAGAGCUUUGGCACAGCAGAUUAAAGCCUUGGUCUCUGUUUCAGUUGCAGGGAUGCGCGUGGCUGCUGCCUCUCUGUAUCCCCAUGUGAUGAGAUACCUGCCUACCCUACUGCCCGGGCGCUUCACAGAGCUCCUGAGUCGAGGAAAGAAAAGCCCAAAACAUCCUGCGGCACAGGGUGCUACACAGAUAGAGGGGGAAGAGGAGGAUCUCAGCUUGCUGGCCAAAAUAGAGGAGAUGAUCAAGACGGACGUCUGGAAGCUGGGCUUUAACUAUGUUAUGUACAAGGAGUUGAAGGUGGUCCAUUGCGAGGCUCAGCUGAGAUCUUUCCAUGAGUGUAAACUCUUCCAAGAGAUCCCUCUGAAGCAGUGUAACGCCCUGCGAGUCUACGACUCUCUGAAGAACCACUGCAACAGGACGGGCAGUACCUACAUGGAGCUCCCCACCCUGUGUGACGAGGUCAGGAGAGGGUGUAGCUCCGUGGUGGAGGUGGAGGUGUGGGACGCAGUCCACUUCCUCAAAGAGCUGGGUGUAGUGGUACGGGAUCGCCAGAAGGUGGCGCUGCAGAACCUGCAUUCUUAUGAGACUGGGAUAGCUGAGUGCCUACGCUGUCUGGUGCAGGAAGAGCCCUGGGUUAUACCUCUGGAUGUCAUAGAGGUGCUGACUGCUUCAGCUCUGCAGAGGCUGAGGAAGAAGGGAGGGGAUGGAUGGAGUAGGGAGGAUCAAGGUGAAGUGGACUCCGACGCAGAGCGGAAGGCUAAUGAGCUGAAUGAAAGGUGUGAUAUGGUUGGCAGCGCUGCAGAGACAGACCGUACUAGUACUGCUGUUAGAACAGCCAGUGGAGCCUCUGUCCCAGACCACAUCAAACCUGGACCAGCCCCUACAGACCAGGGCCCUCCUCCUCCAGUAGAUUUAGACCCAGACCAGGGCCCUCCAGUAGAUUUAGACCCAGACCAGGGCCCUCCAGUAGAUUUAGACCCAGACCAGGGCCCUCCAGUAGAUUUAGACCCAGACCAGGGCCCUCCAGUAGAUUUAGACCCAGACCAGGGCCCUCCAGUAGAUUUAGACCCAGACCAGGUACGUGCAGCCGAGAUGAUCUGCUUCAAUCCGGUGACAGUGAUCAGCGGUAAGGGGGGCUGUGGUAAGACCACGGUGGUGAGUCUGGUGUUCAAGGCCGCCUUGCAGCAGAGCCCAGAGAAGGAAGUCAGGAAGGCAUGCUGGGACUUUGAAAAUGACUCCUUGGGGUCUGAGGCGUGGGAGGAAGCCGAGGCGUUGGAGGAUGAAGCCCUGUCGAAGAGUCUCCUCUCUCAGUUAGAGGGGGAGGUAAAGGACGAGAAGAAGUUGUCGUCGUGGGUUUUACAGGGAGAGGACGAGGUGUUACUAACAGCACCCACAGGGAGAGCUGCGUCUCUGCUCACCAAGAGGACAUGCUUCAAGGCCUACACCCUGCACCAGGUAGUGUGGAGUUUCACAGAUAUCUAACCCCUCUCUCCUGUCACCCCUCCCUUUCAGGUAGUGUGGAGUUUCACAGAUAUCUAACCCCUCCCUCCUGUCACCCCUCCCUUUCAGGUAGUGUGGAGUUUUACAGAUAUCUAACCCCUCUCUCCUGUCACCCCUCCCUUUCAGGUAGUGUGGAGUUUCACAGAUAUCUAACCCCUCUCUCCUGUCACCCCUCCCUUUCAGGUAGUGUGGAGUUUCACAGAUAUCUAACCCCUCUCUCCUGUCACCCCUCCCUUUCAGGUAGCGUGGAGUUUCACAGAUAUCUAACCCCUCUCUCCUGUCACCCCUCCCUUUCAGGUAGUGUGGAGUUUCACAGAUAUCUAACCCCUCUCUCCUGUCACCCCUCCCUUUCAGGUAGUGUGGAGUUUCACAGAUAUCUAACCCCUCUCUCCUGUCACCCCUCCCUUUCAGGUAGUGUGGAGUUUCACAGAUAUCUAACCCCUCUCUCCUGUCACCCCUCCCUUUCAGGUAGUGUGGAGUUUCACAGAUAUCUAACCCCUCUCUCCUGUCACCCCUCCCUUUCAGGUAGUGUGGAGUUUCACAGAUAUCUAACCCCUCCCUCCUGUCACCCCUCCCUUUCAGGUAGUGUGGAGUUUUACAGAUAUCUAACCCCUCUCUCCUGUCACCCCUCCCUUUCAGGUAGUGUGGAGUUUCACAGAUAUCUAACCCCUCUCUCCUGUCACCCCUCCCUUUCAGGUAGUGUGGAGUUUCACAGAUAUCUAACCCCUCUCUCCUGUCACCCCUCCCUUUCAGGUAGUGUGGAGUUUCACAGAUAUCUAACCCCUCUCUCCUGUCACCCCUCCCUUUCAGGUAGUGUGGAGUUUCACAGAUAUCUAACCCCUCUCUCCUGUCACCCCUCCCUUUCAGGUAGUGUGGAGUUUCACAGAUAUCUAACCCCUCUCUCCUGUCACCCCUCCCUUUCAGGUAGUGUGGAGUUUCACAGAUAUCUAACCCCUCCCUCCUGUCAC